AUGUCUUCGCAACAAGGAGCACAAGGUCCUCCGGAUGCCGUAGCAGCUGGCAAAGGUCCCCCAUAUGCUCCUCGCGAUGCCGGUCUAGGUGGAUCGCCUGACAUCCUGCCUGAUGUCCCCGUCGCAGUCAUUUUCCUCGUUUUCUAUCUAGUGUUCGGUGUUAUUCACAUUAAGAUCUUCAAAAGUAAUAAGCAUCGUGGCCACAAGUUCAUCUUCAAUGGCGCCAUCUUAGGUCUUUGCAAAAUUCGAAUCAUCACCAUGAUCUUACGUAUCGCGUGGGCCAACUAUCCUAGAGAUGUCGGCCUUGCUAUUGCAGCAAACAUCUUUACUUAUGUCGGCACCAUCAUCUUAUACAUGGUCAACUGGUUCUUCGCUCAACGUAUCAUCCGCGCCCAACACCCCAGCCUAGGAUGGUCGACACAGUACCGCCUCUUCCAUAGAGGUGGACUUGUUCUUUUGGUCUUCACCUUGCUCGGUCUCAUCGUAAGCCAAAUCUGGAAAUUCUUCACCCUUACACACAUGAAGCAAGAUGCCUUCCGAGUCCUCUUCCUGAUCGCCCAGACAUAUGCCACAGCCUUUUGUUUCGCACCCGCCAUUCUGGUUGCUCUUUCGCUUCUUAUUCCGCGUACCGAGGUUGAGAAAUUUGGUGCUGGACGACUACGGUACAACAUUACGAUUCUUGUCAUCUCGGUAUGCAUUCUGUCGGUCGGACAAGUGUUCCGUUGCGUUUUGGCCUGGAUCCCGCCAACCUUGAUGAUCGAUGUUCAACGUGGAAACGUGGCGAUACCCUGGUAUCUUUCCAAGGCUAGCUUCUACUGCUUCAACUUCCUCACUGAAAUUCUGGUCGUCAUGCUGUUUGCCGUCGUCCGCGUUGAUCUACGCUUCUACGUACCAAACGGCGCCAACAAGGAAGGAGACUAUUCCAAGAGUCGCCUUGAUUUCCAUAACGAUGAUGAGAAGACCCCGGUUGAAGAGAAUUGCACAAAAGAGCCCAUGAUCCACCAAAAUGACUCGAACCAGACGCUGCACCGGUACCAGUCUUCUGUAUUUGAGGAUACCCAGACACUUGCCGACUCGUUAAGAUAUCCGCACUCGACUCUAGAGGUUGACGAAAAGACUGGUAGCUGGAAGGUGAAACGUCUUUCGACGGAUUCAGGAAGAGGUCCACAUGGUGCAAUGCUAGCGUCUAGAUCAGCUCUACAUUCAGGUCCCUCAAAGUCAACGCUGAACACGACUGCAUCCGGGAGCACAUCAAAUGACAGAAACUUCCGCUCAAAUAACAGUACACCUCCAGUUCCAGAACUACCGGCCGAAUGGCCAUUGCCUGAUGCCGCGCCGCCACAGGGCACAAGUCCAGUUUUAGAGCACCCAAAUAUGCUAUCUCACAAGGUUGUAACUCGCAAACAGACUUUUGAGCUGGAGAACCACGAGCUGAACAACGUCGACGUGGGCGAUGCAGUUACGGAUGCACUGGCGAGGCUAGAAAUGAACAGUGACAGGAAAAAGGCCAAAGCACCCAUGAAACCACCACUCGCUCACUACCGGACCAAGACGCCCAUACCAGCAUACAAACCCACAUCUGCUAUGAAAUCCGUAGCAGAAAAUCACUCGAAUCUCCCGAAAUCCGCAAAAUACACCUUCUACCAACCACCUAAAGAGCCCGUCCGCCACCGAGCCAGCAGUACACCCCUCUCCUCUCCCCGUUAUUCCGAGGAUGACUACCUCCCGGACCUCCCAAAAACGCACCGAGCCGGCCGCUCAGUUUCCAUCUCGCACCAACCAGCUAACCUCUCCACAAGCCCCAGCCUGGAAAUCAUUUCCCUCCUCAACACAAUGAGCGGCCCCCAAUCCCGUAUAAUCGACGCCUCGCUCCUCCGCGAACCCCUCACAGCAAACCCGACACAUCUCGAACGCAGUCCCAUAUUAGUAUCUCAAACACCACCUCGACCCCAGCACCACAACAACCACUCCUCUAGUUCGAAUCCCAAACCCAACCCUUACACCCCUCCCAACCGCACAAUCCCAAAUACUACCAGUAACAAUAACAACUCGCAUUUCCUGCGCCCAGACCGCGACGACGCCUCUUCCACCUCAUCCUCAACCCACGACAGACCGUACACCCAAACAAGUUCAAAUUACAGUCACGAGUACAGUCCAUCAAGUAUAGAUACCGCCGAGAAAGCCUGGGCCCAGGAGGAAUUUCGAAGAUUUAGUUCCGAACCCCUUGCUGUGUCUUCGACGGCGGGCAUGGCGCGCGCGGCCAGUCAGUUGCGACGCGUUUAG